ACACACUACAUAUAGCCAAAUAACUCACUAACAAAAGCUACAAAUCCACCAAUUCAAACUACACCUCUAGCCAAUCUCUCUCUCACUCUCACUCUGUGUCUCAAAUAAACAUGGAGAAAUAUUCAAGAUCCAGUUCUAGUAGAGAAGGUGUGGGGCAGCCAAGGAGCAUGAAUGGUCUGAGGAGUUACAGUGCCUCUGUAACACCAGCUCCAAGAUUUGAUGAUCACAACAUCAAUUCCAAAUUCAAGAAAAGCAAAACAACCAAAAUUGAUUGGAAUUUUGGUGUGGAUAAUCCAGAGCUGCAGAGGAAGAAGAGGGUUGCUUUCUACAAAGCUUACACUGUUGAGGGGAAGAUGAAGGGCUCUGUGAGGAAGAGCUUUAGAUGGAUCAAAGAUUCUUGCAAUCAACUUGUUCAUGGAAUUUGGUGAUUUUGGUUUACUUACUUUUUAUGUAGUUAUUAAGGUUUUCUAUGUUGAAUAUUUGUGAAGUUGUUGAUGAGAAGAAUAUAAGAUGUUGAAAAUAAGGUUGUAGUAUUAUGGAAUCAUGAAUUCUUGUGGA